ACAUCUGCUUUGUUAUCCAUGUUUUCUGCCUGUGGCCUCGGAUACAAUCCGGAUUAUGGAUGCACCCGAUGCGUUGCACGUGCACACUGCGAUUUUGAAGAGAGAAAAGUCCGCAAUUUAACAGAUUUCCUGCAUAUCACUGGCCUGAAAUGGAUUUAAACAUGUACGAGUGAUUGAAAGCAUCAUUUUCCAUCAAUCCUGAACAGAAAUUGACGUGUUCUGCUGUUUUAGAGUGGAUUUACUGGCCCACUUCAGUGCAAGGGCCUACCAUGUUUUUUAAUUCAGUGAUUAACAUUCAGGCAGACGUUCGGUAUCUGACAUGGCUCUGAGUAUUGAACAGAUAUUGACAGAUGCUCGUCUUCUGGUGACACGGCUGAAAGAUCAUGACGGCACAGCAGAUAAUCUCCUCACUCAAACUCAAACUUUAUAUCAGAGAAUGGAUGCCAUGAAACAGUAUGAAGACGAUAUCACAGAACUGAACGAAAUCGCCCGACACAGGCCCAGGUCCACAUUGGUCCUAGGAAUUGCUCAGGAGAACCGUCAAAUCCGAGAACUUCAGCAUGAGAAUCGCGAGCUGCGGCUGUCUCUGGAGGAACAUCAGUCUGCACUAGAGCUGAUCAUGAGCAAAUACAGAGAGCAGAUUCUCAAACUGCUGACCAGUAACAAGCUUGAACAGAGAGCUGUGCAUAAUGAUCAAACAAUGGAAGCUUGUUCUCUGAUGGAUAAAGUGUGUGAGAUGGCUGCUGUCAUGCAGAAGGCUAUAAACUUAGAUGAAAAACUGGAUGCCAAUGAAAUGGAAAUGUUGAGUCGGUUGAAACGAGAAAAUCAAGGACUGAGAGAGUUACUCAGUAUUAGUUCUUCCAUAAAUGGCACGCCAGCGAGUGAAAACCAGAAAAAUUCAACUGCUGCCAAAACACAAACCGAUGAAUCUCUUGGGGAAACCAGCUCUAGCACCAAACCAACAACACCUCGAAAUGAUAAGACUGAAAAUUCUGAACCAACUGAAUCCACAGAAACCCUUAAACCAGAAAGUGGAUCUGGUAGCUCCUAACACUUCCCGGAUCACAUGAUACAGACCCACAUUAUGUGGACUUCCUUGCAUGCACAGCGAUUCUUUUCUUUUUUGAUUUUGUUUGGUACUGUGACGACGUGGCGUUAACAUGUUUAAUAUCGACAGAUCUGGUCACAAAAUUUACACCUUCAAAAGUCUGUCAGAUAAGGGAACAUUUUCACAGAAAUUUGCACAGAAAAUUGUCAUUAAAUAUACAUUUGUGUGUUGAAACCUCACAAGGUGAAAUUUAAGAGAAGAAAUCAUUUCAUGAACUUUUGUGAAAGUGGCACCUGUAUCUGAAUCUUUUCAACAUCCUUCCUGCAUAUUUAUGACCUUUCAGUUAAAUAUUUAUUAUUAAAUAAUAGAGAAUCAUAUUUAAUUGUACAUCAUCUUCAUGUGAUGAGAAAUCCUGUUAGUAUCAGUUACAUUUCAAUUUUAAAUACAAAACUUUUGAUUCUUCUGUCAAUCUAAAGAAAACUUCUGAUUGCCUUUUAUUUUAAUAAGUUUAUGAUUUUGUUUUUGAAGUCAAUUUAUUUAUGAUACUGAAGCCAUCACAGCUGGUUUUCUGUGUGGACAUAUUUUGUACAGUGUGACUUGGCCGGGACCAGAGUGUAUGUGACAGUGGUAUUGAGUGAAGGUAGAUGAAUGGUAUGGACGUAUAAAGAAAUCUCUGUACUAUGCUGAAACUGUAACAAUUUCAGCAUGUUUGUACAUACACGUACACACACUCAGUACUGAAAAUAUGCCAGUAACAAUUUACAUAUCUGUCCGUACAUAUUAAUAUAUGUAUUUGUAUACUGUGUAUUUGUAGAAAUAAAAGGCACUAGAUUAUCA